GAGUACCUGGACAUGGAGAAAUGUUCAGAUACCAUGACGACCGCCACUUCUCCAAUCCUGUUGAAAUGGGAUCCAAAGAGUCUUGAAAUCCGCACCUUGACUGUUGAGAGGCUCCUGGAGCCCCUGGUCACACAGAGCUGCAUCCUAAACUUUGACUUCUUGGUGACAACUCUGGUGAACACCAGCAACAAAGGGCCGUCCAGUAAGAAGAAAGGGCGGUCAAAGAAGGCCCAUGUCCUGGCAGUGUCUGUUGAGCAGGCCACCCAGAACUUUCUUGAAAAGGGGGACCAAAUCGCUAAAGACAGCCAGGAUCUGAAGGAGGAACUCAUUGCUGCUGUGGGGGAUGUUCGAAAUCAAGGAGAAACGAUGCGCAUUGCCUCGUCUGAGUUUGCCGAUGACCCCUGCUCCUCCGUUAAACGUGGCACAAUGGUGAGGGCAGCCCGCGCCCUGCUGUCCGCCGUCACCCGCCUGCUCAUCCUCGCUGACAUGGCUGAUGUCAUGAGGCUCCUCGCCCAUCUUAAAAUCGUGGAGGAGGCCCUAGAGGGAGUGAAGAAUGCAACCAAUGAGCAGGACCUGGCCAACCGCUUCAAAGAGUUUGGGAAGGAGAUGGUGAAGCUUAACUAUGUGGCAGCCCGGAGACAGCAGGAGCUCAAAGACCCCCAGUGUCGAGAUGAGAUGGCAGCGGCUCGUGGGGCCCUUAAGAAAAAUGCUACCAUGCUCUAUACAGCCUCACAGGCGUUCCUGCGCCACCCAGAUGUCGCUGCCACGCGUGCCAACCGAGACUAUGUCUUCAAGCAGGUCCAGGAAGCCAUAGGGGGCAUUUCCAGUGCCGCCCAGGCCACCUCUCCGACCGACGAGAAGCACAGCCACACUGGCAUCGGGGAGCUGGCUGCUGCCCUCAACGAAUUUGACAGUUUGCCGUACUUACAGCUGGUCCUGUAG